GACGCUCCUCGCGUGGCUCCGCUCCCCGUUAGCAGGACCCACCUCCGGCCGGCAAGAUGGCGGGAGCAUCCGUGAAGGUGGCGGUGAGAGUGCGGCCAUUCAACUCCCGGGAAAUGAGCCGGGAAUCCAAAUGCAUUAUCCAGAUGUCAGGAAGCACCACGACUAUCCUGAAUCCAAAGCAGCCCAAAGAGACGCCAAAAAGCUUCAGUUUUGACUAUUCCUACUGGUCUCAUACCACGCCCGCAGACAUCAAUUAUGCAUCUCAGAAGCAGGUGUACCGCGACAUUGGUGAGGAGAUGUUGCAACAUGCCUUUGAAGGCUAUAACGUCUGCAUCUUUGCCUAUGGGCAGACGGGUGCUGGAAAAUCCUACACCAUGAUGGGGAAGCAAGAGAAGGACCAGCAAGGCAUUAUCCCACAGCUGUGCGAGGACCUCUUCUCCCGAAUCAACGACACGACGAAUGACAACAUGUCCUAUUCCGUGGAGGUGAGCUACAUGGAGAUAUACUGUGAGCGUGUGAGGGACCUGCUGAGCCCCAAGAACAAGGGGAACCUGCGGGUGAGGGAGCACCCCCUUAUGGGCCCAUACGUUGAGGACCUCUCCAAGCUGGCUGUGACCUCCUACAAUGACAUCCAGGACCUCAUGGACUCUGGGAAUAAGGCCCGCACAGUGGCUGCCACCAACAUGAAUGAAACCAGCAGUCGCUCCCAUGCCGUGUUCAACAUCAUCUUCACUCAGAAACGGCAUGACGCCGAGACAGACAUCACCACUGAGAAGGUCAGCAAAAUCAGCCUGGUGGAUCUGGCAGGGAGUGAGCGAGCUGACUCCACUGGCGCAAAGGGCACAAGACUAAAGGAAGGAGCAAACAUCAACAAGUCCUUGACCACCCUGGGGAAAGUCAUCUCUGCUCUGGCUGAAAUGGAUUCAGGGCCAAAUAAGAACAAAAAGAAGAAGAAGACAGAUUUCAUCCCAUACCGGGACUCUGUGCUGACCUGGCUGCUCCGGGAGAACCUGGGGGGCAACUCCAGGACUGCGAUGGUUGCUGCUCUCAGUCCUGCCGAUAUCAACUACGACGAGACUCUCAGCACUUUAAGAUAUGCCGACCGUGCCAAGCAGAUCCGAUGCAACGCCGUCAUCAACGAGGACCCGAACAACAAGCUCAUCCGGGAGCUGAAGGAUGAAGUGGCACGCCUGCGUGACCUGCUGUAUGCCCAGGGUCUUGGGGACAUCAUUGACACCAACCCUGCUGCAGGAGGAUCCAAAUAUGUGUCCGACUUUGAGAACAAUAAUGGUAACCCUAGAGUGGCUGAACUGAGUCAACGCCCUGACAAUCUCUCCACAGUGACCAAUGCCAUUGCCGGGAUCAGCCCCUCUUCCUCCCUGUCAGCCCUGUCCAGCCGAGCUGCCUCUGUCGCCAGCCUCCACGAGCGCAUCAUGUUCGCUCCGGGCAGCGAAGAGGCUAUUGAAAGGCUCAAGGAAACGGAGAAGAUCAUUGCUGAGCUGAAUGAGACUUGGGAGGAGAAGCUGCGGAGGACAGAAGCCAUCCGGAUGGAGAGGGAAGCGUUGCUGGCUGAAAUGGGGGUGGCCAUGAGGGAGGACGGAGGCACCUUGGGCGUUUUCUCUCCUAAAAAGACGCCCCACUUGGUGAACCUGAAUGAGGACCCCCUCAUGUCCGAGUGCCUUCUCUACUAUAUCAAGGACGGGAUAACAAGGGUUGGCCGGGAAGAUGCAGAGAAGAGACAGGACAUUGUUCUCAGCGGACACUUCAUUAAAGAAGAGCAUUGCCUUUUCCGCAGCGACACAAAGACUGGUGGUGAAGUAAUAGUGACCUUAGAGCCUUGUGAAGGCGCUGACACCUACGUGAAUGGCAAAAAAGUGACAGAGCCCAGCAUCCUGCGGUCAGGAAACCGCAUCAUCAUGGGGAAGAGCCACGUGUUCCGGUUCAAUCACCCUGAACAGGCCCGACAAGAGCGGGAGCGGACCCCAUGCGCAGAGACCCCCGCGGAGCCUGUGGACUGGGCCUUUGCACAAAGAGAGCUGCUGGAGAAACAGGGCAUCGACAUGAAGCAGGAGAUGGAGCAGAGGCUUCAAGAACUGGAGGACCAAUACCGGAGGGAGAGGGAAGAGGCAAAUUACCUUCUUGAGCAGCAGAGGCUGGACUAUGAGAGUAAACUAGAAGCUUUACAGAAGCAAAUGGACUCUAGGUAUUAUCCUGAGGCCAACGAGGAAGAAGAAGAACCUGAAGAUGAAGUGCAGUGGACUGAGCGGGAGUUUGAGCUAGCUCUCUGGGCCUUCAGGAAAUGGAAGUGGUACCAGUUCACCUCUCUCCGUGACCUGCUUUGGGGCAAUGCCAUUUUCCUAAAAGAAGCCAACGCUAUCAGUGUGGAGUUAAAGAAAAAAGUUCAGUUCCAGUUUGUGCUCCUCACAGACACACUGUAUUCACCUCUCCCUCCUGACCUCCUGCCUCCUAACGCUGCCAAGGACCGGGAGAAGCGGCCAUUCCCCCGUACCAUUGUGGCCGUAGAGGUGCAGGACCAGAAGAACGGAGCAACGCAUUACUGGACCCUGGAAAAGCUCAGGCAGCGCCUCGACCUGAUGCGUGAAAUGUAUGACCGUGCAGCAGAAGUGCCUUCUAGCGUCAUCGAGGACUGUGACAAUGUAGUGACUGGUGGAGAUCCUUUCUACGACCGCUUCCCUUGGUUCAGGCUGGUUGGCAGUUCAGAUAUCUCUGGCUGCAACAGCUCUCCUCUUUUCAACACAUGCAUGAGCGAGCGCAUGGCUGAUCUCACCCCCUCCCCCACCUUCUCGAACCCCGACUCCGACAUCACCGAGCCUGCUGACGAGCAGCACGAGGGGCAGGAGGAGGAGGAGGAGGCGGAGGACCUGGAGGAAGACAUCUUUCCGGAGUGCCCGCUGUGUGAUGGCCGGGAUCCAUUUUACGACCGCUCCCCCCUGUUCAGUUUAGUAGGAAGGGCCUUCGUGUACCUCAGCAACCUGCUCUACCCUGUGCCCCUGGUCCACCGCGUCGCCAUCGUCAGCGAGAAGGGUGAAGUGAAAGGCUUCCUGCGCGUGGCAGUCCAGGCCAUUUCAGCGGAUGAAGAAGCCCCAGAUUAUGGUUCAGGAGUGCGGCAGUCAGGGACAGCGAAAAUAUCCUUUGAUGACCAGCACUUUGAAAAGUUUCAGUCCGAGUCCUGCCCCCCAGUGGGAAUGUCUCGCUCAGGAACCUCCCAGGAGGAGCUGCGAAUUGUCGAAGGACAGGGGCAGAUCAGUGACAUGGGCCCCUCUGCAGACGAAGUCAACAACAACACAUGCGCAGUGACUCCAGAGGACCUUCUCUUGGAUAGUCCAGAGAAGUCUACAAUGGACGGGCCUCUGGAAGCGGCUCUGGAUCACCUGAAGCUGGGCAGCAUUUUCACUUUCAGAGUCACUGUCCUCCAAGCCUCCAGCAUCUCAGCAGAAUACGCGGAUAUCUUUUGCCAGUUCAACUUCAUCCAUCGCCAUGAUGAGGCCUUUUCAACAGAACCCUUGAAGAACACAGGGCGAGGGCCGCCUCUGGGUUUCUACCACGUCCAGAACAUUGCCGUAGAGGUGACCAAGUCUUUCAUUGAAUAUAUCAAGAGCCAACCAAUUGUAUUUGAAGUCUUUGGACACUAUCAGCAGCAUCCCUUCCCGCCUCUCUGCAAGGACGUCCUGAGCCCGCUGAGGCCAUCCCGGCGCCAUUUCCCCCGCGUCAUGCCGCUGUCCAAACCAGUGCCUGCGACAAAGCUGAGCACUAUGACCCGUCCCAGUGCUGGGCCUUGCCAGUGCAAGUACGAUCUGAUGGUCUUCUUUGAGAUUUGUGAGCUGGAGGCCAACGGCGACUACAUCCCUGCUGUUGUGGACCACCGUGGAGGCAUGCCAUGCCAUGGGACCUUCCUCCUCCACCAGGGUAUUCAGAGGAGAAUCACUGUCACCUUGGUGCAUGAAACAGGCAGCCUUAUCCGCUGGAAGGAAGUGCGAGAGCUAGUCGUGGGUCGGAUCCGGAACACCCCAGAAGCAGACGAGUCUCUCAUUGACCCUAACAUCCUGUCCCUGAACAUCCUGUCAUCUGGUUACAUCCACCCCUCGCAGGACGACCGGCAGUUUCUUGAUUCGGAUAUGCCUAGCAUUUCAUUCGGAAAUGACACUAGGACUUUUUACCAGUUUGAAACAGCGUGGGACAGCUCCAUGCACAACUCGUUGCUCCUCAACCGUGUUACCCCGUACCGAGAGAAAAUCUACAUCACUCUUUACGCGUACAUCGAGAUGGAGAACUGCACCCAGCCUGCAGUGAUCACCAAAGAUUUCUGCAUGGUUUUCUACUCCCGAGAUGCCAAGCUCCCUGCCUCCCGCUCCAUCCGCAAUCUCUUUGGCAGCGGGAGCCUGCGGGCCUCAGAGAGUAACCGUGUGACAGGAGUCUACGAGCUGAGCCUCUGCCGUGUGGCGGAUGCAGGCAGUCCAGGCAUGCAGAGACGGCGCCGGCGCGUGCUGGACACUUCUGUGGCCUACGUGCGGGGAGAGGAGAACCUGGCUGGCUGGCGGCCACGCAGUGACAGCCUCAUCCUUGACCAUCAGUGGGAGCUGGAGAAACUCAGCCUCCUGCAAGAAGUGGAGAAGACAAGGCACUAUCUGCUCCUGCGUGAGAAGCUCGAGACAACCCAGCGGUUGGGCCUGGAGAGCCUGUCCCCGUGUUCCAGCGAAGACUCUGAGUCUCGAAGCACCUCUUGCGUCUCCUCGCCGCUCUCAGCCGAUGGGGCCCCGGAGGGCAGGACCUCUCCCCCUGAGACCCCCAGCGAGAGGCAGAAGGAGCUGGCCGUGAAGUGCUUGCGUCUGCUCACACACACUUUCAACAGAGAAUACAGCCACAGCCACGUCUGCAUCAGCGCCAGUGAGAGCAAGCUGUCCGAAAUGUCUGUAACCCUGAUGAGAGACCCCUCUAUGCCAGCCCUUGGUGUCACCACCCUCACCCCCUCCUCUACCUGCCCGUCACUAGUGGAAGGACGCUACAAUGCCGUGGAGGUCAGGACCCCACAGGUCUCCUCCAGGGCAGAGAGUCCUGAACUGGAGCCUGCAGUGGAAGGAGAGCAGAAGAAAUCCCCAGCCCGCCGACCUGAGGAAGAGAAGGAGCCCCAGCGUCUGCUGGUACCCGACAUUCAGGAGAUUCGGGUCAGUCCCAUCGUCUCCAAGAAGGGCUACUUGCACUUCCUGGAGCCCCACACCAACGGGUGGGUGAAGCGCUUCGUGGUGGUGAGGCGCCCUUAUGUCUACAUCUACAACUCGGACAAGGACUCUGUUGAGAGGGCCAUCCUCAACCUGUCCAAGGCACAAGUGGAAUACAGCGAGGACCAGCAGGCCAUGCUCAAGACCCCGAACACGUUUGCAGUGUGCACGGAGCACCGGGGCAUCCUGCUGCAGGCGAGCAGCGACAAGGACAUGCACGACUGGCUCUAUGCGUUCAACCCUCUCCUGGCUGGAUCCAUAAGAUCCAAGCUGUCCAGACGGAGAACAGCCCAGAUGAGAAUCUAACCUGAAAAACACCCUCCACCUCAUCCAUCUGCCAACAGGAUCAAGACUGCUGAUUCUGUCCCAAGAGUCCCCACGUUAACGUCCGAUCUGUCACACCAUCUGCUGCCCCAGCUGUCUGCUCCAUGGAAGGAUCCGUCUCGAUUUACACCUUCACGGGGGAAAUUCAUUUCUGUUUGUAGCUGCAAAAGCCUGGUCCCGCCUGGGCAGGAUUUCUUGGGUGCAUGUGAUCUUCUGCCCAUCCCCUCAUGGGUGACCUUCAUGUCACACAAUCUUUAACGCUCCAGAAAGGUUCCUUUUGGAGGGGAGGGAGCAAAGACGGUAGUUUUGGUUAAAAGCUGGUCUUUGAUCUACAGAGAUAGGAGUGUUGGAGAGUUCAGAGGUGGGAAAUCAGGAGGAAUUGCUUCCACGUGAAGGGAAAGUGAUAGUUUAGUUAUGGGGAUUUCCUAACUUAUUCAUGUUUCUACAAAAGAUGGCAAGGUGAAAUCAGGUACCAGUAGUUUAAGAUUAUAUUUAUAAAGUAUUUAUUUCUAUUUACUUCAUAGAAUCCCGUAAAUUGGGUCGUUGCCUCUGAACAACGCCUCCCCUGGGCAGGGGAGAGCCUUGGCGGUAGGCUGGUGUGAAGGCCAUCUCGGGACCUCUCUCAGAGACACCUUUCCUGGGAGAGCGGGCAAACCGCGGAGGGCCCGUACCCCCAUGGUGCAGGUGUGCCUAGUGACCGCAGAGCUAUCACCCCUUGCUCCUCAUCCUUUCUCCCAACCCUCUGCUUUGCCCUCCAGAGCUUAAACUACUUUUCCCUUGAGCCGUGAUGGGACACUGCACUGUCUUCCCAAACGAGGCAAUUCCUACCUGCCCCAUCUACCUCUAGAGGGGGGAUCGAUGCCAUUUAGGAUGGCCAGGGCACCCACACUCACACAGACGAGUCAACCCCCAUGGGGCACCCUACCCCGUGGGAGAGUUGCAUGUCAGUGGGGGUGUGCGGCGUGUACGUGCGUGUGUGUGUGCUGAGGGUGAGUGUGGUUUGGCUUCUUUUCUGCCCAGUGCCUGAAAUCCAGUCCCACUGUGCUCGGUGACUGCAGCCAGAUGAGUGCUGGAGGGCCAAGCCCAGGUUGGCUCCCGUAGAGCUAUGGCUGGGGGACAGGGCAGGGCCCUGACCCCACUUCUCCCUGCUUUGGGAAAAGGAGGGCUCUGGAAUGCUGGCUCUGGGGACAGCUCUGCCGGUCAGCUCACAAAGGGGUGUUGUUCCAGCCCUGAGGAGAGGCAGCUGCAUGUGGGCUCUCACUAUUGCUGGCAAAGAACCAAAAGCGAGUGAGCUAUCCCUGCCAUCUUGUCCUGGGCUGGGCCUGGGAACCCUGGAGCGAUUAAUUUCCCCCCUUUACUGCAGGAUGUGCACCUCUCCAUCGGGGCUGCCUGGGGUCCUCAGGCCAUGGCCUCCUGCCAGUCGGCUGGGGGAGCUGAGGGAGAGGCUGGGACAGUCCCGUCUCUGCAGACAGUGACAGGGAGCACGUAGGUUUGGGUGGCUGUUUUCAAAGAUAGAUGGGAAAGUUCCCUGGGAGCCGGGAUUCAGAACAGCCAUCUCAACCCAGACGGCUCCUCACUGCCCUUUUCUGAAAGGGCUUUUACAUCCCUUCUCUUUCUUGCAGGAAGAAUAGGCUUGAAGCAGAUUGAAUGGGCAGCAGAGAGAAUGGUGUGGGCCUUUGGGGUGAGGACAGUGGGGAGGAGAGAGAGAUUGUGUCUUCUUUUUACUUUUGUAGCUGACAUCUUCUUAAUUCUGUUCCCCUGUUACAAAAGUGAACUCCCACCUUCUUCCCUGCCUCAUCUCUGUAGAUGACUUAAUCUGCUGCAGUAGCAUAGCUGUGCUAGCGUGGGAGACCUUCCCACAGCAGAGAUGGCUUCACUAAUAAGGUCUUAUUCUCCCUAGCAAAGACCUCAUCCACCCGAUGACCUGGCUGCCACCGUUUCUCACGUCCCUCCAGCAGCAGCUCUCUUUGUCUUGUUUGUCAGUUGUUUCGCUGAUCGGGGGUUGCUUUCCUUCCGGACUCCCCGAGCAGCUGGUUGUGUCCCGUGCAACUCCGGGCAGGAACACGGGCAUCUUUCUCCGCACGUCUCCUGGGUCCUUUGCUGGGCCCUGCUUUGCUGUCACGCAUUCACAGCUGACCUUAAUUUGCACAGCACGGCUGCGCCUUGGUUCUCUGUGGCACGUCUCCACGCUGUCUGUUGUGUGUUGAAUGCUGUGUGUGUGGUUCUGAGUGGAGGUGGUCUCUCCAUGCCGUUUUCUCCUUUUUAAGCUUGUGUUGCGGAGGCAAGGACACGUAGGGCAGGGGUAGCAGGGGACCGAAGA